AUGAAGUUCUAUACUUCAAAAGAGCUAAUUCUGAUAAAUAUCCCAUUGUUCCUUCUCUUGGUGCUUCAUUCUUCUUGUCACUCCCUUCACAGAAUAACCCCAAGCCAAUCCCUUAAAGACGGCGACGUUUUGCUCUCAGAUGGAGGAACCUUUGGCCUCGGUUUCUUCACCCCUGGCAACAAUUCAAGAAAGCGCUACGUUGGAAUAUGGUAUAAUAAGUCCUCUGAACCAGCUGUUGUGUGGGUUGCUAAUAGACAGAAUCCUCUUUAUAAUACUUCUGGAGUUUUGUCGAUUGAUACGUAUGGAAACAUCAUUCUCGUUUACAAUGAUACUAGUUUAAACAGAAACAGCCCCAUUUGGUCUUCCGACGUUUCAAUCUCAUCUUUUAGUCAUACCUUUGCUGAGCUUCAAGAAACUGGAAACUUGGUUUUAAUCAGAAAUGAAGGAAGAAGAUCGAAGGUUGUAUGGCAGAGUUUUGACUAUCCUAGUGAUACAUUGCUUUCGUACAUGAAAAUGGGGGUGGAUCGGAAAACUGGUUUCAAUCGGUUCCUUACAUCAUGGAAAUCCCCAGACGACCCAGGAUUAGGGAACGCGACUCGGAUGAUCAACCCAACAGGUUAUCCUCAAAUGUUCAUUUAUAAAAACGGGGCUCCGUUUUGGCGAGCCGGAUCUUGGACGGGUCAAAGAUGGAGUGGUAUACCUCUGAUGACUAACAUCUUCAACAUCACCUAUAUUGACAAUGCCAAUGAAGUUAGCUACAUGACCCGAGUCAUGGACCCUUCAGUCUUCUUAAGAAUUGUGAUAAACAAUAGUGGUUAUUAUUUACGAAAUAUUUGGCAAGUUAACGAGAAUAAAUGGACCCAAACAUUGUACGGUCCAAGAGAGGAUUGUGACCACUAUGCUCACUGUGGGUCAAAUAGUAACUGUGACCCGUAUAACGGGGACAAGUUCGAAUGCGUGUGCUUGCCCGGAUUCGAACCCGUGAACCCGCAAGAGUGGAAUAUGAGAAAUGGAUCGAGCGGGUGCAUGAGGAAGAAGAAUGUGUCCAUAUGUAAAAGUGGGGAAGGCUUUGUGAAAGUGGCACGUGUGAAGGUGCCAGAUACAUCAAAGGCACGUGCAGAUAAGAGUGAGAGUAUAAGCUUGAAAGGUUGCGAGGAAAAGUGCUUGAGGGAUUGUUCGUGUCUAGCAUAUACGAAUGUGGAUGAGGUUAAACAAAGCGGGUGCUUGACGUGGCAUGCUGAUAUGGAAGACAUCAGAGCAUUUGACAGCGUGGGGCAAGAUUUGUACGUCCGUGUGGAUGCGGAAGAAUUGGCUAAAGAUGAAAGGAAGCAUUAUGGUUCUCUUGGCAAGAAGGGGAUGGUGACACUAGUAGUCAUUUCUAUUUGCUUGACAACGUUCCUGGCAAUCUCCUUUGUGUAUUGGUUUGUAAAGAAUAAGAAUCAAGCAAAAAGAAUGCACGAAAGCGAUUUGUUUGAUGGAGCAGACAAUUCCGAUUUAACCCUCUUUGAUCUAAAGGACAUAGUUGAGGCAACAAACAAUUUCUCAGACACUAAAAUGCUUGGACGAGGUGGUUUUGGUUCUGUAUAUAAGGGUCAACUCAAAGAUGGAAUGGAAAUAGCAGUUAAGAGGCUAUCAAAGUAUUCUGGACAGGGCGUUGAAGAAUUCAGAAAUGAGGUUACUUUAAUUGCAAAGCUCCAACAUAGGAAUCUUGUAAGGAUCCUAGGUUGUUGCGUGGAUGGAGAAGAGAAGAUGUUGAUAUAUGAAUAUUUGCCAAACAAAAGCUUGGACUCAUUCAUUUUUGAUCAAGCAAAAAAACUACAACUAGACUGGAGAAAAAGAUUUGGCAUCAUUUGUGGAGUUGCAAGAGGAAUUUUAUAUCUUCAUCAAGAUUCAAGAUUAAGAAUAAUUCAUAGAGACUUAAAGGCCAGCAAUGUUUUGUUAGAUUCUACAAUGAAUCCCAAAAUUGCAGAUUUUGGCAUGGCAAGAAUAUUUGGUGGAGACCAAACUGAAGCAAAUACAAACCGUAUUGUUGGAACCUAUGGUUAUAUGUCGCCUGAAUAUGCAAUGGAAGGAAUUUUCUCAAUAAAAUCGGAUGCAUAUAGCUUUGGAAUUUUACUUUUGGAGAUUGUUACUGGCAGAAAGAAUAGUGGUCAUUAUAAUGACAUUACUUCUACUUUGGUUGGACAUAUUUGGAACCUUUGGAGAGAGAGUAGAGCUGUGGAGAUUGUUGAUCCAUCAUUACUAGGUGAAACAUGCCUUGAAAAUGCAGUUCAGAAAUGCAUCCAGAUUGGGCUUUUAUGUGUGCAAGAAUACGCAACAGAUAGGCCUACUAUGUUAGAAGUUAUUUCCAUGUUGGAUAAUGACUCAACUCUUCCUCCUCCAAAGAAGCCAGCAUUUCUUUUCAAGAAAACUGAUUGUGAUGAUUCAAAUCCAUCAGUCAUUGAAGGGGUUAAUUCAGUAAAUGAGAUGAGCACUACUGUGGUUGAAGCUCGUUGAAAAUCAUGACCGUCAUACAUGAUAAUGCUCUUAUAAUGCUAUAAUGCUUGUGAAAUGACAGAUUUUUAUAUAUCUGAUCCUUAAAACAUUGUGAAUUAAUGAUGCAUAAAUGUGUUUUAGCAAUGAAGUCAAGUACGAAUGACAUUGAUCUUUAUUUCUUUUACUAUUGAAGUCAGAGUAAAUAUUGUGAUCAGGAUUGGUUUUA